CACAGGCCCCGUGAGCGGUUAUCCUGGUGACCGCCUGGCGGGGAGCGGGGAGGAGGAUGAGGAUGAUGCUGGAGGCUGUAGACGGCAGCGUGGAGCUGGAGCUGCCCGCCGGCAUCACCACCAUCGGCCGCGGCCCGCUGCUCGCUGUUUCCGAUAAACGAGUGUCCAGAAAACAUGGUCUGCUGGAAUUGUUGGAUGAAACAUUGCGCAUUAAACCGAUUCACGAUAAUCCAUGCUUCCUUCAGUCCUCAGAUGGAGACCAAUUUAUGCCGCUGGAGAAAGAUAAAUGGCACCGGUUGAACCCAGGAGAUUGCUUUUCCUUGUUGCCAGACAAAUAUAUAUAUAAAGUUAUCUCUUCCAACUCAGACCAGACUUUAAGAAACAGUGACCUGUCCAGUCUUGAAGAUGAUCAGUGUAACUCAGAACAUUUGCCAAUAGCUCAAGGGAUGUUGAAGAAAGACUCCAAGGAAUCAGACGAUUAUACAGAAAAACCCAGCAAAUCUACCAAGACACUGACAAUAGAUUCAACAGAGGAAUCCAAUGCGUUUGAACCAAGUAACAUUUUGGAGAAUAUGUCAAAGAAUGAGCAACAGAAGAACGGUAACUCACUUUAUCCCGAGCAGAGGAAGAGGGUCUUGCCAACUUGGAUGCUGCAAGGUGUAAAAGAAAUACAAAGCACUUCAUCUUCUAUCAAUAAACAAGGUAAAGGAAGGGGACGAGGAAGAGGUGAAGCAGAGAAAACCAAAGAUGAGGUCACUCAGCCAGGAAGGAAAAGAAAUGAAUCGUCUGAGAAUGAUGAAGGAAAUGAAGUGUCAGAGCAACCACAGGAGAAAAAGGGCAGAAGGAAAAAAACUGAGGCAAGCGGAAAUGGAAAGCACUCAAACGACAAGAGCAAUUUUGGAACAACUUCCACGGAUGUGAAAAGGAAAGAAGAAAUAAUGGACCGAUUCAGCACGGCUUCUGAGGCCGCGGAGAACUGGACGCUUGGCGGAAGGCAGCAAAGUUGUGGCCCUCAGCCACCGCAUGAAGUGAAGGACUCAGCAUUGAGUGAUAAUGAGGAGGAGGAGGAGGAGGAGGCAGUGGGAGUGCACUACGGGCAUGCUGAGCAGAAGAGGCUGCUGCCCGUACACCUGCAAGGUGCCUGCAGUAUGAGCAGGAGCCCAGCACCUGAAGAAACAGAGACGGCAGGACCUGCCAGUACUUCUCAGGCCAAAGAGCAGAAGAGGAAAGUGUGUACGUAUGGAAGUAGCUGUUACAGGAAAAAUCCGGCCCAUUUUCAAGAGUUUAGUCAUCCUGGAGAUGUAGAUUAUGAAGACGCAUCAGGUGGGGAAGAGGAUGAGGACGAUGACAAACCAGAGUGCCCCUUCGGCACUGCCUGUUACAGGAAAAAUCCACAGCACAAGAAAGAAUACAAGCACACCCAGCUCCCAGGAAGCCAAUUAAGACGACAAAGGAGAAAAGUUGCCCAGAAAGGUGCCCUGGCCAACAAGAGCGAUGAUGAUGGUGAGCACAACCAGUAUGACUUGGAUGACAGUUUUAUUGACGAUGAAGAAGAUGAUCUGGAUCCUACUGACGAAGAUUCUGAUUGGGAGCCGAGUUCAGAUAUCAACGAGGACAUUGACACGUUAAGAAAGGAAGCUAACAGAUUUGUAAACAAACACUAAAGUGAGACUUGCCUUUCCACUUUUGACCUUGAGCACCUUGACCUUUAGGUCUGUCCUGUUGCACUGAAAACAGCACUUGCUGGCUGUUACAUCUACCUGCUUGCUUUGCCUUACUGUCGCGUUCAAUUAUCUUCAAUAAGCAAUGAUUGUUAGUUCACUCAUCCAAUGAACCUGGGAGUGGAAUUUGAGCAAGCGUGUGGACUGCUGUGGAGAAUGAGUAGGGGAAAGUUGACAAUAAUGUUGGACUAUAAAUAAGCAGGUGAGACGUUCUGGUGUUUACAGCAGGCUGCCUCUGUAUUGGAAUAAAUGAAGCAUCAAGUUUUGUCACCGCAUUACUCCUAGUUUAGUUUAUUGUAACGUGUACCGUGGUGCAGUGAAAAGCGUUAUCAUUGUGUGUUAUAGCACGUCAAAGGCACGCAACACAAAGGCUGUUCACUGCACCUCGGUACGUGUACUCGAUAAUAAACUAAACUAAACAAACCUAGCAUGCAAGGAGCUGACAUAACACAGUGUCCAUAGUCUUUGGAAAUGGAUUAAAUAAGAUCAGCGCAAAGAAAACUCUUAACUGGCAUGAAAAGAGGGGGGCGGAAAUGGCUAAGAAUUUUACUUUGUGGCCAGUGUUCAAAGUUCUGACUGCUUGCGCAUGCCCAUUAGAAAACACCCUUGCUCUUUUACAAAGUUGUGCAAUUUCAGAGUGGAUGAAUUUAACUAUUUAUUCCAAAGUGCGACUCUGAAUUGUGGUUGGAUGGGAUUUGUGAAUGUUGGCAGUGGGACUAUUGCCCAAAAGGAGAGAGGGAAAUGCAAUGAAGCUUGCACUACAAGGAAUGGUAGUCCGUUGCCAAUAGCUGAUGCAUGACUGAACAAGCUAACAAUACGGACUGCUUACUGAGGUCUCUACUCACCUGCACCUGGGGACCACAAGGGUCUUUCUAUCUAUCACCAGCAGUCCUUGCUUUCAUCUCAUUGACGUGCUAUUAUUGAUGUUGGGGCUGUGGCUGGUGAAAUGUUGUGUAUCAAUGGGAUUACAAAAUUGAUACGUAAACAGAAUUUCUAAUGCUCAGUUGAACUUGAUUUCACAGUUGUGAUUGGGCGAUUUCUCACUGCAGUUAAUGAAGUUAACUGGAAAUUGAAGAUGGUUCCUGAUUUGAAGGUCGUUUAGAGGGGUAUUGUGGAUUCAACUGAAAUAAUCCUGUGGGUAGGAAGGAACUGCAGAUGCUGGUUUACACCAAAGACAGACACAAAAUGCUGGAGCAACUCAGCGGGACAGGCAGCAUCUCUGGAGAGAAUGAAUGGGUGACGUUUCGGGUCGAGACCCUUCUUCAGACCCGAAGAAUGGACUCGACCUAAAAAGUCACCCAUUCCUUCUCUCCAGAGACGCUGCCUGUCCCGCCAAAUUACUCCAACAUUUUGUGUCUUACCUUUUUGAAAUAAUCCUUUUGGCCCCCAAGCAAAAUGCCUCCUUCCUGCCUUGGUAGCAGUCACAGCAACUUGAUGUAAACUCCAAAUAGCAACUCGUUAUUGUUGCACCAAACCCAGAGUGGAUCGAUUACUGAUCAAUUACCGUUGCUCAGUUAUUCAGGCUCCUGUAGUUUCCCUGUAGUGAAUGAUUUUUAAAGACGUUUCCCUAAGCAAUGCACGGUGAGGGGGCAAUCCCAAAAUGAACCUGCUUUCAUUUUAACCCGACAACCUUGUCUUGUACACUGUAUAUCAGAUAUAAUUCUUUACCUUUUAUAAUGUUUAUAUGACAUGGGCUUGGAAAAUAAUGGGUGCAAAUCUAACCAUAUAAACACUUUGUUCAUGAUGAUUUUGAUUGCUUUAUUUAUUUAAUUGGAUCUGUGGUGUUUGGUGUUUUUUGGAAAGCCACAUGUAUUGAUUAAGUCUGUGGGG